CAGUCCUCCAGUCCUCCAGCCCUGCAGGACAGGAGACAGCCAGACAUCUCAUCUAACAACACCGGGACACUUGCUCACUGCCACGAUGCUCUUUUUCAGGAAGUUGCUGCCCUGUUGGUGUCUCCUGUUGCUGAGCUGCCGGACAACGCUUUCAGCCCAUGACUUCUUCACCUCCAUAGGCCAGAUGACAGACCUGUUGCUCACCGAGAAAGACCUUGUCACCGCCCUUAAGGACUACAUCAAAGCUGAGGAGAGCAAGCUGGAGCGGAUCAAAAAGUGGGCUGAAAAGUUAGAAGCUCUGACGGUCGCUGCAGCACAAGACCCAGAGGGCUUCCUGGGCCACCCCGUCAAUGCCUUCAAGCUGAUGAAGCGGCUGAACACCGAGUGGGGCGACCUGGAGAGCCUCGUACUCAGUGACACCACCGAUGGUUUUAUUUCCAACCUGACCAUCCAGAGGCAGUACUUCCCCACAGACGACGACCAGACCGGGUCGGCCAAAGCUCUCCUUCGUUUGCAAGACACAUAUAAACUGGAUUCCAACGCCAUCGCUACAGGAAACCUGCCUGGAGCUACGCAAAAGACUCUUAUGACCGUGGAGGACUGUUACGAGCUGGGAAAGAUCGCCUACACGGACGUUGACUAUUACCACACGGAGCUGUGGAUGGCACAGGCCCUGAAACAGCUGGACGGGGGAGAAGAGUCCACUGUGGAUGCGGUGACGGUGCUGGACUACCUCAGCUACGCCAUCUACCAGCAGGGGGAGAUGGAGCGAGCUCUGGAGUACACCAAGAGGCUACUUGAACUGGAUCCAGAGCAUCAGCGAGCCAAAGGCAACGUGAAGUACUUUGAGUUCCAACUGGAGAAGCAGAGGAAUGCGUCGAAAGAUGACGCUAACAAACAGAAAGAGCCCGAGAAGAAAGAGACAGCAGAAAAGAAGCCAAAGGAGAAGAAGGACAAGAAGGCCUUCAGUCUGAUCCCUGAGAGGAAGAAGUAUGAAAUGCUGUGUCGCGGAGAAGGCAUCAAAAUGACCCCACGUAGGGAGAGCCGGCUCUUCUGCCGUUACUACGACAACAAUCACAACCCCUUCUAUGUGGUGGGACCGGUCAAGCAGCAAGACGAGUGGGACCGUCCGUACAUCGUCCGCUUCCUUGACAUCAUGUCUGCCAAAGAAAUUGAGAAGGUCAAACAGCUGGCAAAGCCGAGGCUACGCAGGGCCACCAUCUCCAACCCCACCACAGGAGUGCUGGAGACGGCGCACUACAGGAUCAGUAAAAGUGCAUGGCUCACAGCCUACGAAGAUCCCGUCGUCCAAACCAUCAAUCAGAGGAUUGAGGAUCUCACAGGCUUGGAAAUGGACACGGCAGAAGAACUGCAGGUUGCAAACUAUGGCGUCGGCGGCCAGUACGAGCCUCACUUUGACUUUGGCAGGAAAGACGAGCCGGAUGCGUUUAAAGAGCUGGGAACUGGCAACCGCAUCGCGACGUGGCUCUUCUAUAUGAGUGACGUGUCAGCAGGGGGCGCCACAGUAUUCCCGGAUGUGGGAGCAUCAGUUAGGCCUCAAAAGGGUUCUGCUGUGUUCUGGUACAAUCUCUUCCCCAGCGGGGAGGGAGACUACAGCACACGGCAUGCAGCUUGCCCUGUGUUGGUGGGCAAUAAGUGGGUGUCGAACAAAUGGAUUCAUGAACGAGGCCAGGAGUGGCGGCGACCAUGUGGCCUAAAUGAGACUGACUGAUGAAAGCAAGAAAGCAAGCUCGGGUUAGAACCCUGCAGACCACAUAAUGGAUGCCCGAGCUCAAACACUCCCCUUUUUCUUGCGGCUGUUGUGACCUGAGCCUAAAGAUGGGCUGAAGAGCCCACACAAGCUGCAGAUAGCAGACAGUUGUAGGAAACACUCGUGCCUCUUUCACUCCCCGGUGGUAAUCAUUGCACUCGCCUGGCAUUCACUCCUUCUUGGACCUUUACACUCCACACGGCCACAUUUAUUACUGCACGCGUAAAGCAGUGGUCCCCAACCUUUUUCAAAGCACAGGCCGACUCCUCUCUGUCAAACGGGCGAGACGAGCUUGGAGUAAUCACAAAGUCAUCUCAUGCAAUUGUUUUGGUGUUGGUCCGCGCAGGCAAUGGCAGCAUCUUGACUGGAUAUGUUAGCAACAGCAGGGUUUCCACGGCUCAUUGAAAAGUCUUUCAAUUGAUUUAGCGAAAAUAAAGGCCUUAAAUGGCAUUAAAUAUAAUGUCCAGAGGCAUU